CUUGCGUGAAAAGGAUUUACUUCCAAGGGCCGAGCGGAGCUGGGGACACCACGCAGAGCGCGAUAAAGUGUUCUUUUUACUCCGUGCAGACCAAAACUCCACAAUCGUGACAAUCGACUAUUCCACGGGGUCGGCCAAGCAUGACUGUCAACGGGAAGCAAAAGCCCAGCGUUGGGCAUUUCCAGUCGUGCAACAUUUCUUAUCCCAGCCGGAGCCUCGAGUUCCUCGACAGCCCAAGUCUAAAGCCAGACACGAAUGGCCACAGCACAGCCGAGGCGCGCAGACUGGACAUUCUCGUCGUCGGCGCUGGGCUCAGCGGGCUGGCUGCCGCGGUGGCCCUGGGCCGCCAUGGCCACAAGGUCCGGGUGCUGGAGCAAGCCCUGGAGCUCGGCGAGGUCGGGGCGGGCAUCCAGAUCCCGUCCAACUCGGCCCGGCUGCUGUCGCGCUGGGGUGUCGACCGGUUCUGGGAGGGCAAGGCCGUCGAGCCCGGCAGCAUCACGUUCCGCCGCUGGCAGUGCGGCCGGCCCGUCGCACACACGCAGCUGAAACCCGGAUUCGCGGACAAGUACGGGGCGCCCUACCUGACCAUCCAUCGGGCGCAUUUCCACGAGGCUCUGCGGCAGCGCGCCGUCGAGCUGGGCGUGGAGAUCCAGACGGGCACUCGGGUUGCCCAUUUCGACUCGGAGACACCAUCAGUAACGACGCGGGAGGGCAAGACGAUCCGGGCGGAUCUGGUCCUCGUGGCGAGUGGUGUCAGGUCGACUGCCCACGAAUCGCUUGGCCACGGAACGACCAAUGGUGCUUACCGGACGGGCUUUGCUGCAUACCGCGCCACAGUAGACGUCGACAAGAUCCGAGCAGACAAGGAGCUCGCCUGGGUCACCGAGAACCCCAACCUCAACGUAUGGAUCGGAGAGGACAAGCACGUCAUGACGUAUGCCAUCUCUGCCGGCUCGUCAUUCAACAUGGUCCUCUCACAUGUCGACUGGAGUGAUCCUGAGACUUGGACCCCUGAGGGGGUUCUCGAAGACAUGAGGCAACAAUUUGCAGAUUGGGAUCCCCAACUGGUGCGGAUAGUCAACAUGGUCGACAAAACCAUGAAGUGGCCCUUGACCUCGAUGCGGGCUACAAAGCACUGGGUGUCGGUCUCGGGCAGGUUGGUCAUGAUUGGUGAUGCCGUCCACGCCAUGGUACCAUACAUGUCUCAAGGGGCCGCUAUGGCUGUCGAAGACGCUGCUGCCUUGGCCGUUGCCGUGCAACACGCCACUGCCACCGCGAGCACUUUGCCAUCGUCGACUCUGAAAGACGCUCUGAAAGUCUUCGAACGCAUACGCAGCCUGCGCGCAUGCCAGAUGCAGCAAGCCUCGCUCGUGAACGGCAAGUUGUGGCACCUGCCCGACGGGCCCACGCAGCAGGCGAGGGACGCCGCGACCAGGGCCGAGGUCGAGGGCGAGCCGUUCGAGGUGAGCGCCAACCAGUGGAGCGACCCGGUCACGCAAGAGUGGACAUAUGGUUAUGAUGCAGAAGCAGAAAUGUCACGGGCGCUCAGGGAGCAGAGUCUGUGGGAUGCACAGCCCGGGACACAGCAGUGCACAGCUGGGUAGUAGUCGAUAUUUACUGGACGUUUCAUCGCCUCCUCCACCUGAUGUAAAGUCGCUUAGAAAUUCAUGUAAUCCGGGUAUGUGCCACCGGUCUAAGCAAAUACACGGGCGCGAAGCUCCACAUGACGAGUCCGUUGUGCUUCAGCUACACCGAACAGAUUCGCUGCUUACCCACGGCGCUUAACGCUGAGCUUUGCUAGACUUCUUAUCAGCAUCGGAGCCUUCGCCGUACAGUCCGGCGGGCGGGCUAGGCUCCUUUGCACCUUUGACCUGGCGAGUGAAGCUCGUCGUAUCACCUGUGCUGGGCCUGUAAUCAGUGUUAUUGCUGUAAGUGCUAAUGCAUGUGCAGGCGAUGCGGAUAAUUUGGGCGGGGAUGCGUAGCAUAAGGACUAUUGUAUCUAUACACAAAGCUAGAACAUUUAACACUUCUACCGUCC